AGCUCCCUGGCCAUCUUCACCAUGGAGGAUUCGCGACAAAGAGGUGAAAGCAGCGAGCGGCCGAGCUCGAUAGCUGGCUCAUCACAAAGGGCCAGUUCGGUCGACAACUCACAGGAAAAGGGCAAUGACACCGAUCAAGCUUCGACAAUCGUUGGUAGCCCGGAACUCAGCCCAAACUAUGGCGCUCCUGUAGCCGAUUUUAAACCAGAGGCAGACGUUGAGAAGGUUCCGGGCAUGCCUCGGGGAGAUACCGAGGAAAUAGCGUUUACUGGCGAAGAUGAAAAUCCAGCUGUUCCAAUAUCCUUCCAGCGAUCAUCAAGUCCAGCCGCUAUGCAGAAGAAUAGAGGAGCUGAGUAUGAGAAUGUUCGCGAUGGUGGGAUCAACAGGAUGCACAAGUUUUCCCUUUACGAAACGAGCAGCCGGUUCUACCUUGUGGGAGCCGAUAGCAUGGACAAACACUACCGGGUUUUGAAGAUCGAUCGCACUGCACCGCCCGGUCUCCUGAGCAUCUUCGAAGACGAUAUAGUAUACGACAAAAGAGAGAUGAAUCAGCUCCUGAAUACCAUUGAUGAUGGAAACAAGCAUACCGGAGGGAUGAGACUCAAGUGUAGCACCUGGGGUCUUCUUGGCUUCAUCCGCUUCACAGAAGCGUACUACAUGCUGCUGAUCACAAAGAGAGCACAAGUAGCCAUGAUUGGUGGUCAUUACAUAUAUCAAGUCGAUGGCACCGAGCUGGUCCCACUCACCACAGGAGCGACGUCGCGAUUUCAGAAGGACCGGAAUCCAGAUGAAGCGCGAUUCUUGAAUAUUCUGACGAAUGUCGAUCUGACACGCUUUUUCUAUUUCAGCUACUCUUACAACAUUACCAGAAGCCUUCAGCAAAACAUCAUCCGUGAGAGAGAAGCGCUAAACGAGGGCCGCCCACACCCCAAUCGCGACUUCCAAGAUAUGUUCGUCUGGAAUCAUUUCCUCCUUGAACCAGCAAAGGCAACACUAAAGAAUGUAUAUGACUGGUGUCAUCCGAUCAUACAUGGUUCGGUCGACCAAUCUUCACUCGACGUUUUUGGCCGGAGAAUUUACAUUACCCUCAUGGCUCGGCGGUCUAGGUACUUUGCUGGAGCGCGAUUUCUCAAGCGUGGUACGAAUGAUGAGGGAUAUGUUGCCAACGAUGUGGAGACAGAACAGAUUGUUUCUGAGGCACUUACCACCUCCUUUCAUGCGCCUGGUCCACGAUUGUUUUCCAAUCCGGGCAUCUCAUCCUAUGUACAACAUCGUGGAAGCAUCCCGUUACACUGGACACAAGACAACAGUGGCGUGUCCUACAAGCCUGAUAUCGAUCUCAACCUCCCUGAUCCCUUUUUCACAGCUGCAGCUUUACAUUUUGACCAUCUCUUUGAGAGGUACGGGGCACCGGUGUAUGUGCUGAAUCUCAUUAAGCAGCGAGAACGAAUGCCACGAGAGUCUAAGCUUCUUUACGAAUAUAAGCAUGCGGUCGACUACCUCAAUCAAUCGCUACCCGCAGACAAGAAAAUAAUAUACGAAGCGUUCGAUAUGGCGAGAGCUUCCAAAACUCGUGGCCAGGAUGUCAUUGGCACGCUGGAGCAUUUGGCUGAAAAAGUCAUCCGUCAGACAGGCUUCUUUCACAACGGAGAUACAGAAUUCAACGUGCCCCAAGUGCAGAAUGGAGUUGCGCGAACUAACUGCAUUGAUUGUCUUGAUCGAACCAACGCUGCCCAGUUUGUCAUUGCAAAAAGAGCACUUGGCAGACAGCUACAGGCACUCGGUGUGAUCUCAGGCAACACCGUAGAGUACGAUACAGAUUGUGUCGACAACUUUACGCACAUGUUUCACAACCACGGAGAUGCUAUAGCUAUGCAAUACGGAGGCUCUCAUCUCGUCAACACAAUGGCUACAUAUAGAAAAAUCAAUCAGUGGCAAAGCAGCUCUCGAGACAUGGUAGAGAGCUUCAAACGUUACUAUCACAAUUCUUUCCUCGACUCACAGCGUCAAGAAGCCUAUAACCUCUUCCUUGGGUAUUAUACGUACAAGAAAGAUGCUCCCAUGCUGUGGGAUCUUACAACGGACUAUCACCUACAUCACGGAGACCCACGUACGUUUUUGGAAAGGUCUCGACGGAAUUACAUCAAGUGGUACAGCCCAGGAAAUCUCGAACCACGCUCUCUCCCGCCAUUGGAUAAACAGAAGCAGCUAUCUAGGAGAGUUGAAAACGCAGAUGAUUACUGGCUGGAAUACUACCGUCCACUUGCGGUCACGUCUUUCCUCAAGGUGUAUGCAUUCCGUCUCAACUGCCCGCCCAUUCAUCAGAAAGAUACGUCGUAUCCGACCCGUCAACAGAACGCAUCCCCUUUCGUUGCUCGCAGGAAACAGCAAGACCAGACCUCACCCGGGAAAGAAGACCGCAAGCAGUCUAAACAAUCCAGGAAAGGAGUGACGAUCCUCGACCCUGUCAGCGAGGGAGACUCACGAAAAGGUAGCAUGAUUAAUCGGCGCCACAAGAGCAUGCACUUGCAUAUACCGGAAACCGGAUCUCCAAUCAAGCAAUCCAUUCUCCGCGAAUCACAUUUCGAGCCUCACAUGCCAAACUCUGCUCCAGCGACUACGAGUAAUUUCCCAUCCAUGACCAAUUCUUCGUCUACAGGGUUGGCUAGCAACUUCGGAUAUGAAGGUUUCAAACCUGCUGAUAAAGCAUACGUGCACCUCUGGACUCUCGCUCAGUUCCACGAAAACAGUAUCAAUCCAACCGUAACGGGCGUAGAAGAAGAAGAAUACCACCGCUACAUCGAGCAUCCGCUGAAUCUUCCUCUUGUAGUAAGCUCAGAAACGCCGUUAGCAGAUGACCCUACAGCCCAAGAGUUCCAGGAAUACCUCAACAUGACAGAUGGUACCAUCGUACAGCCAGCAGCGGCCCAAGACACGACUGAGACAUCCUCACUCGUCGACUCGCUCGGAGACCACUACACAUUUGUCAAAGCCGCAGACACAGCUUCCAUUCGCUCUUUCAACACUGCCGGAAACCCGCGCCCUUCGUCCUCCGCUGGAGCAGGCGGCUACCCACUUACGCCUUUCUCGCACCCCUCAGCACACCACCAUCACGGAUCCCAUUUGCCGUACGCAUAUGACCUCGAAGCCAACGUCGAAUACUUGCAUCCUCCCCCACACUUUCACCACGCACACCAUCCCCACCAUCACCUGCAACACGCUCUCUACCCCGAAAGCAUCCGCGAAGACCCUGCUGAAGCUAUCGCGUCCCCUCCUCACCCUUACUAUCCCACUACUCUCGCUACCAACACAAACGUCUCUACGACUGCCACGUCCGGAACCGCAAAAUUCGAGACGUCCGCGGAGGAUAUCGAUGAGUUUGAUGAGUUUUUGCGUAUCAAGGAGAAUCCGCUCGAUGUUGAGGAAGAGGAUGGCGCGAAGAAGAGGUAUAAAGCCUACCGACAAUGGUUGAGAGGGAAGAGCUUUUUUAAGCAGAGUAAGGUAGAUCCGGAGUGGAUGAAUCAGUUGCCUGUGAGAUGA